GCGCGCCAGCUCCCCUGCCCACCCCGCCUCCAGUGACGUCAUUGCUCAGCGCCGCGUUCACAGGCUCCUGCCGCUGUGGCGUCACUGCCGCGCGCCGCGAGGCGGCGGGCGCCGCGUCCCGCGAUGCAGUCGGUGCCGCUCGGCCGCCUGCGGCGCCUCCCGCGGGGCUCCCGGCCCGAGGCCGCGGUGCCGUCGUCCCGCGGGGCGCAGAGCGGGUCCCCCCGGCGGGACCUGUACGAGGUGCUGGGGGUGCCGGUCACGGCGACGGCGGCGCAGAUCAAGACGGCGUACUACGAGCAGUCGUUCCGCUACCACCCCGACCGCAACGCCGGCAGCGCCGCCGCCGCCGCCCGCUUCGCCGCCGUCAGCGAGGCUUACCGGGUACUCGGCAGUGCCGCGCUGCGCCGACGCUACGACCGGGGGCUGCUGGGCGGGGAGGCGCCGCCGCCGCCCCCGCGCCGCCCGCCCGCCGCCGCUCCGUCGCCGCCGCCCCCCCGCGCCCCCCUGCGCCGCCCGCCCGGGCCGCUGCCCUUCGACUUCGACGCCUUCUACCGGGCGCACUACGGGGAGCAGCUGGAGCGGGAGCGGGUGCUGCGGAUGCGGCGGGAGCAGCUGCGCCUCCGCCGCGAGGAGGCGGCCGCCCAAGGGCCCUUCCAGCUCGUCUCGAACCUCUCGGUCGGGCUCGUUUUCUUCCUGGGCUUCGCGCUCCUCUACGGCCUCAAGUGACAGCGUGGCUGUGGCAGGACAAGGCGGCACCGGGGAGCACGGCAGCUGCUCGGCCCCAGCACCUGCCCAGGGGCAGGAACCGUGUGUGGGGGCUGCUGCUCGGCUGAGACACCUUUGGACACUGUGCACGACCAGGUACUGUAUACAGGCUCUGCUCUUCAGGCUGGGACACCUUUGGAUGCUGUACGUGACCAGCAGGAACUUCACAUAGGCUCUGUUCUUCACGCUGUGACACCUUCAGACGCAGUGUGUGAGUAGGCACCACCCAGAGGCUCUGUUCCUCACGCUGUGACACCUUCAGACACAAUGUGUGAGCAGGCACCACCCAGAGGCUCUGUUCCUCAUGCUGUGACACCUUCAGACACAAUGUGUGAGCAGGCACCACCCAGAGGCUCUGUUCCUCACGCUGUGACACCUUCAGACGUGACACGUGACCUGGCAUCACACGUGGGCUCUGCUUCUCACGCCGCGACAGCUUCAGACAAGGUGCGUGAUCAGGCACCACAUACAGACUCUGCUCCUCAGGCUGUGACAUUGCCCUUGUAGUGGCGUGACCUUCAGACAGGGCAUGACCAUCAGGCACCACACAUGGGCUCUGCUCCUCAGGCUGAGACAUGUCCCUUCUGCCAGUGUGACCUUUGGACACAGCGCACAACCAGCAGGCUCUGUGUGUGGGCUCUGCUUGCAGGCUGUGACCCCGCUUUCAGCAUCACCUUUGGACACGGGGUGCACUUGUUUAGCACAGGACAUGGCCAUGAUGUGACCUCUGCCAACGUGACCCACAGAUGGGUUGUGAACACCGGAUGCCCCACGUGGGCUCUGCUUUGCAGGCUGCCGUGAACCUCAGCCACCGGCGUGACCUUGUGGACGUGGCACAGGGGCUCAGCAGGCUGCUGAUAGGACCUGGC